AUGGAACCUCAGGUUCCUCCCGUCCCGAAAAGAAAGAAGAAGAAGACUACAGAUUCUUCUCCCUCGAAGUCCGUGCCGGACUCUUCCGCGCCGACAAGCUCUACUCUGGGCCAGGACGCACCUGACGCCCCUUCGUCCCCCAAGACUUCUCCCGCGCCGCCACCGGAAGCUCCCACCGCUGAGCCAGCUGGGGCCACAUCGACGCCGCCGCCAGAAGGCACCAAGCUCCUCAAGCCGGAACCUUUCAAGGGGAAGGCUACGGCUUCCGGCACUGCUACCUCUGGCUCGCAGCAGUUGGCGCUGCACGCCGGCCGCGCCGCUGUCGCAGCCGGAGAAACGGCCACUGGCCUGCUGGGCCAAAUCACAGAGUUGACGCGCGGAGGCCACGAGCUGGGCCAUUUGCGCGAGUACGCUGAAAAGUGGAAUCGAGCGGAUGUGUCCGCGGCUACACGCGGCUUGGGGAAGGACUGGCUUCCGGCGAUUGACCCCGCUGGCCCCCGGUCCAUCCCGGAAGCCUCCAUUGAGGCCCUCAAGACCCAGCUCCGCACCCUUCAAGAUGAAAAGGAGCAGCUCAUCCAGGAGCAUCGCAAAGCUCUGGACACCCAGAAGCUCGUUUCCAGUGGGCUGAAGGAUCAACUCAUCCAGUUUGGGCUCCGGCAUGAUCAGGAGCUGAAGGAUACCAAAGCUGCAGCUGAGGCGAAGCUCAAUGAGGUCCUGGAGGAUUCUGUCAACUCCACCGCGGUGCUGCGGGCAGAGCUGGAGGAGGGAAGCAAGGCACGAAAAGCAGCCGAGGAUCGGGCCGCCCACCUAGAGGCGGAGCAAAAGGAGUAUGACCUACUGGCAUAUGCGCAGAAGAAAGUGGCAGAGCGCCGGGUUCAGCAAGCGUUCAAGAAUCCGGAUGCGCCCUGGGAUCCUUAUGACCACCUGAUCGCGCUUUCUGCCCGGGUCUCGCACAUGCGCGCGGUGGACCGGAAUCUUGCCGACAUUCCCGAGGUGGCGAUCCAGCUCUUCAAGGUGCUAUGGCCUGAGGAGCAAGUGCCGGCUAACUUGACGCUCACCUCCGAACGCCUGAAAGACGAGGUGCUACGCACCGCCUGUUCCUGGUAUGAGGACUUGGACCUGGACGCCUUCGCCACCGUGCGCCAAGAUGCUCCCACCGACAUGGAUCCGGCCCUCACCGCCCAGUGGAAGGAUCGCGCCUACCGGAUAGCUGAGUAUGCGGCAGUCCGCACCUUCAUUCCUCCUCCUCCUGGCGUCACUGAUUAUCUUAGUGACUACGAAGGAGAGGAAGAUGAGGAUGAGGAUGCCGGAGAAGAUGCGCCUCCGGAAGGUCCUGACGCCGGUAAUGUUCCUCCUGAAGCUCCUGCUGCUUGA